CAAUUGCCACCACACGUGCGUGUCUGGGAUUCUGUAACUCUGAACACACUGCAUGUCAUCGGAAUGGGGUUUUUUGACCGAGCUGUCACUUGCAUUGCUUUUUCUAAAUCUAACGGAGGAAGUAGCCUGUGCUCCGUGGAUGACUCAAAUGACCACGUGCUUUCUGUAUGGGACUGGCAGAAAGAAGAAAAACUGGCAGAUGUCAAGUGCUCUAAUGAGGCUGUAUUUGCUGCAGAUUUUCACCCUACUGACACAAAUAUAAUAGUUACUUGUGGAAAAUCACAUCUUUAUUUUUGGACACUAGAAGGGAAUUCCCUUAUUAAGAAGCAAGGAUUAUUUGAGAAACAAGAGAAGCCAAAGUUUGUCCUGUGUGUGACCUUUUCUGAAAAUGGUGAUACUAUUACAGGAGACUCAAGCGGAAACAUUUUGGUUUGGGGUAAAGGUACCAACAGAAUAAGCCAUGCAGUUCAAGGGGCACAUGAGGGUGGAAUAUUUGCGCUGUGUAUGCUGCGAGACGGCACGUUAGUGUCAGGAGGAGGAAAAGACCGAAAGCUGAUAUCCUGGAAUGGAAAUUACCAAAAACUUUACAAGACUGAGAUUCCAGAGCAAUUUGGUCCAAUAAGAACAGUAGCAGAGGGAAAACGGGACGUUGUAUUGAUAGGAACCACUAGAAACUUCGUCCUACAGGGCACGCUAUCAGGAGAUUUUUUCCCAAUUACCCAGGGUCACACUGAUGAGCUUUGGGGACUUGCAGUUCAUUCCUCUAAACCUCAGUUCUUCACUUGUGGACAUGACAAGCACAUUACCCUCUGGGAUGCUAGCACUCAUCGUCCUAUCUGGAACAAGAUUAUAGAGGAUCCAGCGCAGUCCUCAGGUUUUCAUCCCUCAGCGUCUGUGGUUGCAGUAGGGACGCUGACCGGCAGGUGGUUUGUGUUUGACACAGAAACAAAAGACUUGGUCACUGUACACACAGAUGGAAACGAACAGCUGUCUGUAAUGCGUUACUCACCAGAUGGAAACUUCUUGGCAAUAGGUUCCCAUGACAACUGUAUCUAUAUAUAUGGCGUAAGCGAAAAUGGAAGAAAGUACACUAGGAUUGGCAAAUGUUCGGGUCAUUCCAGCUUCAUCACUCAUCUGGAUUGGUCUGUUAAUUCACAGUAUCUUGUGUCUAAUUCAGGAGACUAUGAAAUCUUAUACUGGAUCCCCUCUGCUUGUAAGCAAGUCGUGAGUGUUGAAACAACUAGAGACAUAGAAUGGGCCACUUACACCUGUACUUUAGGAUUCCAUGUUUUUGGUGUAUGGCCUGAAGGUUCAGAUGGAACAGAUAUCAAUGCUGUCUGUCGAUCACAUGGGAGGAAGCUGCUAUCAACGGGGGAUGAUUUUGGCAAAGUACAUCUCUUCUCCUAUCCGUGUUCGCAGUUUAGGGCUCCAAGCCACGUGUACGGUGGACACAGCAGUCAUGUGACUAAUGUAGAUUUUCUCUGUGAGGACACCCAUCUCAUCUCCACCGGCGGAAAAGACACGAGCAUCAUGCAGUGGCGAGUCAUUUAAAGGAAACGUCCGUGUGCGCACUUGCGUCGACUGUGCACAGAACUUGUGUAUAAACUGUAUAUUUAAACCUUAACAGUAUGGUUGCAGUUUAGCCUGGUCACUGUGAUUUUUGUUUAAAAAAGAAUUCUUACAAACCUCAGGAAAAUGAAGCCCUGUGCUGGUUACCUUCCUCAGUCUGGCGGUUGGUUUUGUUGUCGUCGUGUCACACCUUACGAGCGGGCGUCGUCUCUUCCGUUGUACAACACACAGUACGAGUUUAAGGAAUGUGGCUUGACAGUUUGC